UCAGUAUCGGUGUACUUCCGGGUUGACUGUCAUGGCGGCGCCCUGGAUGAACUAGGAAGCCCUCGACACUGGAACAUUUUUGUAUCAUUGAUAAACUAACCCGUUUAGAGGAGCAGACAGCAGCCAUGGGGAUUCAAGAUAUGAUGAAGUGGAAUGUGAGAGCGUCUGCUCUUUACGCCGUCGGUGUGUGGACCAUGAUCGGUUCAUACGGGUUCUUAAAAUACUCAGGACGGCUCGAGGACGUGCCAGAAGUGAAAACUGAAGACGAAGAAGUGCCAGAAAAUCUAGAACGAGUCGUCCACGAGACAGCUCACAGCAAAACAGUCAUCUAUUACAAGAAGGACUUUGUCCCAUACCACAUCAGGAUCUCUAACUUCAUCAAGUCCUUCACCAGUGGUCCCAAGACUGGAGAUGAUGAUAGCAAAUAGUUGCAUCAGUCCUGCUGAUGUACACUAUGGACUUGUGAAGUUGAAGGCUCCAUGAUGCACUAUGCAUUUUUAACAUUGUGUGAGGACACUCUAAUGACUUGUAAAUGAUAUUCCAUGCUGCUAUCUCCUGUCUGGUCCCGAGGGAGCUGCCAAUGUUUGAAUGUCAGAAGUAUGUAAUACUGUCGUCAUUCUAAGUAAGGAUCCUGUCAUGUUUAAUGCAGGCUAUUGUCCACAAUACAAAGUUGCCACAACCACAAAUGUUUAUAUGAACUGAUGUUACAUUUGGAGGAUUUUCCAAUUUUCACUUACAUUGUGGACAUAGCAUUUCACUGCUGCCAGUUUGUUGACUUCAGCUUGUACUAUAGAGUCAGAUGAUUGUUUCAAUCAUCAAUCAAUUAAUUGAGAAUAUUCAAGAUUAAUUAAGUUAUCAUUUGGUGAAUAAAGUUAAUACUGUAUCCAA